UUUUGCCUAAUGGAUCACAACCAAAUUUCGCAGCGGCCGCCGCCCAUGCCUGACAUCAAUACACUCGGCAUUGGAUGCAGUAAAGCUCGGGAACCCCAAUUAUGGGACAAGAUGUGGAUAUACUACAUCUGACGGAGUGUCACAACAGGACGCAAACAACUUGAGGACGGCUACUUAAGGACACAUACGAUGGAGUAGUACAAAGCAUCUCCCAUUCUCUACUUCACUCACUCAAACUUAAGCAAUGUCAUCACCUCGCAUAGUUGCCGUAUUUGGAGCCACCGGAACUCAAGGCUCAUCUGUCGUCCAAGCCCUGCUAGCGGAUGGUACAUUCAUACCGCGUGCAAUCACCCGAAACUCCAAUUCGGAGAAGGCGUUGCAGCUGAAGGCUCUUGGGGCCGAGGUUGCUGAAGCCGAUUUAUGGGACAUCGACUCCUUGAAGCAAGCCCUGUCCGGUGUUGAGGCCGUCUAUGGGGUAACCAACUAUUAUGAUCCCAAAAAUUUUGCUCAAGGGCACACCAGCGAAGUGCUGCUCGGGAAGAAUCUUAUCGACGCUUCUAAAGCAACGGAUGUUAAGUUCUUCAUUUGGAGUUCUCUGCCGCACUGUACAAGGGUGUCCAACGGGAAGUAUGCAAAUGUUUACCACUUCGAUAACAAAGCUAACGUAGAUGAUUACCUCCGAGACUCUGGUGUACCCCAUUCCAUCCUGCACACCGGCUGGUUUUCGGAGAAUCUCUGGAAUUACAAUAACCUUGUCUCUGUGCCGGACUCCAACUGCCUAGAGGUGAACGUGCCCAAAUAUGACCUUCAAUCUCCUCAGUAUUUUACAUGGGUUGAGCGGGACCUUGGCCAGUGCACAUUGGCACUCCUCAAGCACUACAAAGAUCGUGAUUCGGAAGUUCUCUCCCGCACGUUCUAUGCCGUCAGUGAAAAGUUGAACUACACCCAGUUUGCAUCAAUCCUUCAGGAGGCACUGGGGAGGCCGGUAUCCUUUGCGCCCUCCCCGACAACUGGAUUGCAGGAAUUGGACGACAUGUAUGCUUUUCAGUCCGAGUUUGGAUUGUACCCGCACACCGCUAUCCCUGAUCCACGUUUGGUCAGUUUGGGAGUGAAGUUCCACACUAUGGAGGAAUUUUCGCAGGAAAUUAAAGGCAGAUAUGCUUGAAUCUCAUUUUGAACAGACACUUUUAGCAGCUACUUAAUUUUCUUGUGACCUUUUUGCCCUUUGUACGCUUUGUACUAAUAAUAAUUGCGCACACAACUUUCCUUACACC